AACGUUAUCGGAGCCCUAAGUGAGCGCUUAUUGCGAAAAACAAAGGCAGUGAACAGCGGAACGGAACGUCAUUUUCGCAUUGCUCCUCAUUUUAUGAAGAAUCUGACAAAAUAGUAUCCUUUUUUGAUUAUUAAACCAGUUUAUUAUUCGCUAUUCAUCUAAAAACUUUUUACAAUCCAUUGUCAUUGUAUGAUUGAGGAUUUCUAGACGCUCACCCAGAUCCUGCAAUAGAAAGUGGCAGAGGAAUCUACAGGUCUCUUUUGGGUUUUAUUCAUGGUGAAGCUGCGACGUAUAUCGAGUGAAUGAGUGAGAGCGUGUCCAAGACAGCUAUCCCAGAGAAUACCGAAUAUGAGAACUCGAACCAGGGUUAUAUUGCAUUCUCUAUUACUUUUGGUUUUAGUAGUGCAGGUGAGCAGGCCAGUAUGUGUGGAUGUGCCCUCCGAAACAGAGGCAGUCGUUGGAGACCCCAUGAAACUGACCUGCAUCUCCUGUAUGAAGAGAGAGGAGGUCAACGCGGAGACACGCGUGGACUGGUACUAUAUCCCACCUGACGAAGAACCCAUCCCUAUCUACCUGUUUGAUGGACAACCCAGGGAGCUGGAGGGGCCUUGGAGGGGUCGCCUGGUGUGGAAUGGAAGUAAAGACCUGCAGGAACUCUCCAUCCGUAUCCUCAACGUCACAAUGAACGACACGGGCACCUACAAGUGUGUGGUCUUCCGACAGUUUGAGUUUGACUGCUACUCUCCCUCGGUUACCAACAGCCUGGUCAUCAACCUGGUGGUCAGAGAGGAAGCCAGUGACGACACCACUGCCCUGUACUCAGAGAUCAUGAUGUACGUCCUGCUGGUCUUCCUCACCUGCUGGCUCCUGGUGGAGAUGGUCUACUGCUACAGGAAGAUCUCCAAGUCAGACGAGCAGGCCCAGGACCCCGCGACAAACUACCUAGCCAUUCCCUCAGAAACUAAAGAGAACCUAAGUGUUCCAGUUACAGAAUAAAAGUGACUGUCUCACACCGAUACGGUACUGACCAAUGGUGUAUCAAGCAGUUCAUAGUCACCUGACGAUACAGACUGAACUCUUUGAAGGGAACAUUCAGUAAAGAUGUCGCAAUGCCUCUCAGCAACCAGGAAACCUGCCAAGUGGAGUCCCCUUUGUCUUGGUCUUGUGGUGUGAGCUUGCCAAAUACUUGAAUGCUCAAGUAUACUCUCCCUUCUUAUUUCACUCUGAACCACUAUGUGCCAGACAGCAGUGAUUUGAUGAUUAGUAAGUUGUUUAUGACAUUUGAAUGUCACCCACAGAAACAAAAUUGAACCGACUAUUGCAGAGGAUCAACCAAUUGCUUUCAUAGCAAAUGACUUAUACUUUUAAAUGUGUGAAAUGUUGUUCAAAUGGUACACUGCACAUCAUUGGGUGCACAUAAAAGCUUCUGGUACGUUAUUUUCAGUUCAUUUUUACUCUACUGAUAGAAAAUGACGAGAUCAUGGGUCAAGGUUUUGCUCUUAUACGACCGGUGUCUCGUCGUUAUCUUUUUACAGAAAUUGGAUUGCCUAGCUUUUCAGGUUUACUUCGCUCAAGUUGUUUGGUCAAAUGAAAUGUUUCAUGCACAGUAUGACUGUGGUUUAUGAUAUGAACACUGAGUCCUCUCGCUGGUUCUUCGUGUGACUCCAAGGCUCCAUUUGGCCUUCUACGUCAGAAGCUCCUCUUUAAGUUCAAUUCUCUUCCACGAAAGGACCUGGCUUGAGAAGACGUUGUGCAUUUGGAUCUUAGAGAAUGACUAGGCUAUUUUACAAAAGAAGAAGAAGGAAAACACAUGGUACAAAUCACAGUCAUUGGUACCAGAGAUUCCUAUAUCUUUUGCUCACAUCAACAAUAUGGCUUUUUUACUCAGUGUUUUGUGAGAUAUAAAGUUUAUUCAAUGGCAUCUUAAGACAUUCAAAACAAUGAUGCUGCAUAAUACAACUACUGUACACACCAAUAGCCAAAUACUUGAUCAUUCUAAACCAUGCUAAACCAUAUACUGGCUGGUGAGAUUGUUGUUUUUUAAUAUACAGUAGAAUUGCUAUUGAGACUCAUAUGUGCCUACUUCUAUAAUGUAUGAAUUGUGUACAAUCAUAUAAUAUAUAUAUAUAUUAUAUACAGUGCAUUCGGAAAGUAUUCAGAAUCCUUCACUUUUUCCACAUUUUGUUACUUUACAGCCUUAUUCUAAAAUUGAUUAUAUCGUUUUUUCCCCUCAUCAAUCUACACGCAAUACCCCAUAAUGACAAAGCAAAAACAGGCUUUUAGACAUUUUUGCAAAUGUAUUACAAAUAAAAAACUGAAAUAUCACAUUUAACUAAGUAUUCAAACCCUUUACUCAGUACUUUGUUGAAGCACCUUUGACAGCGAUUACAUCCUUGAGUCUUCUUGGGUAUGAUGCUACAAGCUUGGCACACCUGUAUUUGUGGAGUUUCUCCCAUUUUUCUCUGCAGAUCCUCUCAAGCUCUGUCAGGUUGGAUGGGGAGUGAAGCUGCACAGCUAUUUUCAGGUCUCUCCAAAAUCAAAUCAAAUGUAUUUAUAUAGCCCUUCUUACAUCAGCUGAUAUAUCAAAGUGCUGUACAGAAACCCAGCCUGUGUUCUGACCUUUAUUCUGACCUUAGUUCCUUUGUUUUGUCUUUAGUUAGUAUGGUCAGGGCGUGAGUUGGGGUGGGCAGUUCUAUGUUGUCUGUUUCUAUGUGGGGUUUUCUAGUUUGGCCUGAUAUGGUUCUCAAUCAGAGGCAGGUGUUUUGUGUUGUCUCUGAUUGGGAACCAUAUUUAGGUAGUCUGUUUUGUAUUGUGGGUUGUGGGUUAUUGUCUAUGUCUAUAUGUAAGUUGCCUGUGUCUGCACUUAUUGUAAUUAUAGCUUCACGUUCGUUUGUUGUUUUUGUAAGUUUGUUUGGUGUUCUUUGUCUUCGUUAUAAUAAAUAGAGAAGAUGUAUUCAAACCACGCUGCGCUUUGGUCCGAUCCUUACUCCUCCUCAGACGAGGAGGAUUACGACGAACGUGACACUGCCAAAAACCCCAAACAGCAAGCAAUGCAGGUGUAGAAGCACAGUGGCUAGGAAAAACUCCCUAGAAAGGCCAAAACCUAGGAAGAAACCUAGAGAGGAACCAGGCUAUGAGGGGUGGCCAAUCCUCUUCUGGCUGUGCCGGGUGGAGAUUAUAACAGAGCAUGGCCAAGAUGUUCAAAUGUUCAUAAAUGACCAGCAUGGUCAAAUAAUAGUAAUCACAGUGAACAGGUCAGUGUUCCAUAGCCACAAGGCAGAACAGUCUUCAUGCCAGGUAGUCCUCCAGAGAUGGUCGAUCGGGUUCAAUUCCAGGCUCUGGUUGGGCCACUCAAGGACAUUCAGAGACUUGUCCCGAAGCCACAUCUGCAUUGUCUAGGCUGUUUGCUUAGGGUCGUUGUCCUGUUGGAAGGGGGACCUUCCCCCAGUCUGAGGUCUGGAGCAGGUUUUCACCAAUGAUCUCUCUGUACUUUGCUCCAUUCAUCUUUCCCUCAAAACAUCACCACAGCAUGAUGCUGCCACCACCAUGCUUCCCUCUAGGGAUGGUUUUGGCCAGGUGAUAAGCGGUGCCUGGUUUCCUCCAGACGUGACACUUGGCAUUCAGGCCAAAGAGUUCAGUCUUGGUUUAAUCAGACCAGAGAAUCUUGUUUCGCAGGGUCUGAGAGUCCUUUAGGUGCCUUUUGGCCAACUCCAAGCGUGCUUUUACUGAGGAGUGGCUUCAGUCUGGCCACUCUACCAUAAAGACCUGAUUGGUGGAGUGCUGCAGAGAUGGUUAUCCUUCUGGAAGGUUCUCCCAUCUCCACAGAGGAACUCUGGAGCUCUUUUUUCACAACCCUGACCAAGGCCCUUCUCCCCCGAUUUCUUAGUUUGGCCGGACGAAGUUUGGUGGUUCCAAACUUCGUCCAUUUAUUAAGAAUGAUGGUGGCCACUGUGUUCGUGGGGACCUUCAAUGCUCCAGAAAUGUUUUUGGUACCCUUUCCCUGAUCUGUGCCUCGACACAAUCCUGUCUCGGAGUUCUACAGGCAAUUCCUUCGACCUGGCUUGGUCAACUGUGGGAACUUAUAUAGCCAGGUGUGUGCCUUUCCAAAUCAUUUACAGUCAAUUUAAUUUACCACAGGUGGACUCCAAUCAAGUUGUAGAAACAAAUCAUGGAUGAUCAAUGGAAACAGGAUGCACCUGAGCUCAAUUUCAAGUCUCAUAGCAAAGAGUCUGAAUACUUAUGUAAAUAUUUCAGAUUUUUUAUUUAUACAUUUGCAAUAAUAACUAAAAUCCUGUUUUCGCUUUGUCAUUAUGGGGCACUGUGUGUAGAUUGAUGAGGGGGGAAAUAAUUUAAUCCAUUUUAGAAUAAGGCUGUGAAGUAACAAAAUGUGGAGAAAGUGAAGGGGUCUGAACACUUUCUGAAUGCACUGUAUGUCACUUUAUCUCUUAUACACUGUAUCUCCAUAUUGAGCUAUUAAAGGACAAUGCAUUCCAAAUGUAUCCGAACCCUUCUCCAUACGUAUCUAAUUUGUAAAGUCCUUCUACCUUGAUCUUGAAAAUCUAUUUGAUUACAGAGUUGGCACAGAGACGAGACAAGCAGGUCGCGUUUCAUUGAAAUGCUAAAACACUCGAUACGAGUUUGUGCAAGUCUGUCUGUCAAUCUCCUCACUGAUUGUGUGACUAAUAACAGAGGAAGGUAUUGUUUUUAGAUACCUCAAAAACAUAACAGAUCAAAUAUAACUAUUUAGUUAUUGCCUGAUUAGCGAAUACCACAGGGAAAAGGAGCAUCAUCCCAUUUGCUAUAGAGACAAUGUGACUAGUUCACCCACAAGGUUUUGAUGACAUAUCUUGACUGGGGAAUAGGGGUGGGGACAGACUGGGGGUGGUGGCACCAAGCUAUUGAGACUAAGGAGGUAGGGUGUGAAUGAAUUAGGCCAAAUCUAGGUGGGUUCAGCCAUCCAUCUGUACCAUCCAUCCUCCUCCACAGUGCACAGCUGGUGUUAAGCACCUUAGGAUGGGGGGCAGUCCUCGGAGAACAAUCGCACCAGCAACAUGUUUUUGUUCUGGGGCCACCGGUGACAGAUAUAGCAUCUGUCGUUAUAGCAACCCAGGCAAGCGCCGAGCAGAGAGCAGAUUGGUUGUCUUCGACUUAACCAUGCCAUGAUGACAGAGUUGUGCGGGUCAUGCACGAACCAGACAUGAAGGUAAUGACUACACAGUACAGGGCACAAGGGUUAUCACAACCCUUGCCAGUAAUGCACCCUAAAGCAUAGGCCUACAUCAUUGAUAUAAAAACUCAACAUUUCAUUAUCUGUAUGCUGCACCUUAUUCAGCCAGUAAUGCUUUUCCCUCCUCUUCUGUUUAACAAGCGUGUCAUUGGAGUACGGUAUAAAUUUCCUAUCUCCCAAAGGGUACAACCCACUAUUGUGACCCACAUUUAAGACUUUAUAAUUAUACCAGGCUGUUACUGCUCUGAAAUAAAGUAAUUUAUCACAGAAAUGUAUUCAACAAUGCUAGAUGUUCUAUUGGAGCUGGAAUAAUGCCAAUCCCUCACAACAAUUCAUUAACAUUUUAACAAAACACCUGUCUUUGUGCUUGUCUCCACUCCCCUCCGGGUGUUGCCCAUCUUUGACCCUUAUCCCCAGUGUAUUAAUACCUGUGUUCUCUGUUUGUCUGUUGCUAGUUCGUUUUGUCCGUCAAGCCUACCAGCAUUUUUCCCCUUGCUCCUGUCUUUUUCUUUAGUUCCCGUUUUCUAGUUUUCCCAUUUCGACCAUUCUGGCAGAAUGGUUUCGACCAUUCUGGCAGAAUGGUUUCGACCAUUCUGCCGGCCCUAACGGGCCGACCCAGGUGGUAAGGGUAGGUAACAACACAUCCGCCACGCUGAUCCUCAACACAGGGGCCCCCCUGGGGUGCGUGCUCAGUCACCUCCUGUACUCCCUGUUCACUCAUGACUGCAUGGCCAAGCACGACUCCAACACCAUCAUUAAGUUUGCCGAUGACACAACAGUGAUAGGCCUGAUCACCGACAACGAUGAGACACUCUAUAGGGAGGAGGUCAGAGACCUGGCCAUGUGGUGCAAGGACAACAACCUCUCUCUCAACGUGAUCAAGACAAAGGAGAUUAUUGUGGACUACAGGAAAAGGAGGACUGAGCACACCCCCAUUCUCAUCGACAGGGCUGUAGUGGAGCGGGUUGAGAGCUUCAAGUUCCUUGGUGUCCACGUCACCAACAAACUAUCAUGGUCCAAACACACCAAGACAGCUGUGAAGAGGGCACGACAAAGCCUAUUCCCUCUCAAGAGACUGAAAAUAUUUGGCAUGGGUCCUCAGAUCCUCAAAGUUCUAUAGCUGCACCAUCGAGAGCAUCCUGACUGGUUGCAUCAUUGCCUGGUAUAGCAACUGCUCGGCCUCCGACCGCAAGGCACUACAGAAGGUAGUGCAUACCGCCCAGUACAUCACUGGGGCCAAGCUUCCUGCCAUCCUGGACCUCUAUACCAGGCGGUGUAUACAUACUGGGGGUACCUCAAUUACCUCAACUAACCGGUGCCCUGCACAUUGACUCUGUACCGGUACCCCCUUAUAUAUAACCUCGCUAAUGUUGUUUUACUGCUGCUCUUUAAUUAUUUGUUACUUUUAUUUUAAAUGUUUUACUUAUCUAUUUUUUACUAAACACGUAUUUUUCUUAACUGCAUUGUUGGUUAAGGGCUUGUAAGUAAGCAUUUCACUGUAAGGUUGUUGUAUUCGCCAACAUGUGACAAAUACAAUUUGAUUUGAUUUGA